AUGGUUAGAAGGUGUUUAUGUAUCUUGGCAUUGAUUGAAAACAUUAUUGUAACUAGAGCUCAUAUUCGUGUGAAAACACAGAAACAAAUCAUUGCGGAUUUAUUUCAAGACUAUUCCCCUAUCAUCAAACCACGGAAGAAUCUUUCGGAGACUGUUCAUGUCAAUUUAACUUUACACUUUACGUCAUUAAGAGAAAUUGAUGAACGACUGCAGACAAUGACUUUCGUUGCCUGGAUAGAACUGACAUUGAUCGAUGAGUUUCUGAUAUUAGGGGACGGGGUAAAAAGUGUACAGAUUCCUAAGAGUGAGAUAUGGUACCCGGAUGUAGCCCUGUUUAAUUCUAUAGACGAUCCGCUAAACAUCAGUGAUGGUCAGUAUAUUAUACUUUUAGAAGACGGGCGUGUUGUGUGGUAUCCAGGACGACAGUACAGUGUCAUUUGUAUGAUUGAUAUCAGGCGAUUUCCCUUCGAUGUACAGAUAUGUCAAAUACGUCUCGGCUCAUGGCAGACUCCGGUGUGGGUACAGAGGAUAGCCGACACCGGACAAAGUCUGAGUGAUGUUGGAUAUGAGGAUAAUGGCGAAUGGGAAAUUAUAAAUAAAAUUACUCGGCCAGAAUACAACGAAAACUUCAGAAUUUCCUAUGUUACGUAUGAGAUCCAUUUCCGGCGUCUGUGCUUGCAUCCGGUGAUCAACACCCUACUUCCGGUUGUAUUGCUGUCGUUUUUGAACACGCUUGUAUUCUUACUUCCGGCCAACUCAGGUGAAAAGAUGACGUUAUGCAUAUCUGUUCUCUUGUCUUUCACAGUAUUUCUGACGGUGUUUAACGACAUGAUGCCCAAAAUAUCGACUACCAUUUCCUACCUUUCGAUAUAUCUGUGUAUACAACUCGGAAUGAGUGGACUCGCUGUUGUUGAGUCCAUUGGUAUUUGGAGGAUGAAUUACCGUGAAAAUAAACGACAAGCAAUACAAGAAAUACAAGCAGAAUCAACUGAAACGUCAACGUCACCAUCACAUUCAGCCGAAAGUACGAUGUGUAACGAGAAGGAGAGUUCCGGCGAGUCGAUCGAAAGACAUCGGAACGGUACCUCUGUACCUAAUGGAAACAAUAAUAACGGAGGACAUAUUGAAAAGACUCCUGCUAAAAGGUUCUCAGUGCUGAACUCCAUACAAAAAUAUGAUAUUCAGAGUGAAGGAGAAGAACACAGCUGCUGGUUUAACUCUGACAGGUUAGAUAUGAUGUGUUUCUGGUUACACUUGUUUAUAUCAGCCGUGUCUACAGCUGUCCUCCUGGUAAUGUUCUGGAUUUAA